ACAUAUUUCUUAUGCAUGCAGAUGAAUGUACAGCUCGUGCCAUUUCUCAUCGCCUGUCUGCUAUCCACUGUUUAUAGUGAAGACUCAGAAGAAUUCUGCUAUAACUCACCAGGAUGCAAUGCAACCACAUGGCCUAUAGCACAACUCUAUUGCAAUGGCACUCGUCAGUCUCCUAUCAAUAUUGUGACUGCUGAUGUGAAGUCUGAUAGUAACCUGACAGCUUUCAGCUUCACUGGCUUUAAUGACAGCUCCACCCUCCGAAACAUUAACAACACUGGAAAGUCAGUCAUCAUCGAUCUUGAAGGUAAAAAGAUGAGCGUGUCAGGAGGAGGCCUUCAGAACACGUACACUUCCGAAGAGUUCCACAUUCACUGGGGCAAUGGCUCCUCUUUCAGUGGAUCUGAACACACUGUGGAUGGCAAACAAUAUGCAAUGGAGAUUCACAUACUAAAUCUUAGGUCUGAUGUAUCCGUGGCUGCUGCCAAUGACUCAACAGCAUAUGCUGUUCUUGGUUUCUUCAUUGAAGCAACCAAUGACAGUGGCAAACCAGAGAGCUGGAAGAACCUCACCUCAUUCUUAUCAAACAUUUCUAAAAAAGGUGACUCAUUUGACAUUAUGAAUCAACUUACUGUAGAUAGUCUGCUUCAAGGAGUGGACCGGACUAAAUAUUACCGUUACCUUGGCUCUCGGACUACACCACCAUGUAAUGAAAUUGUGGUAUGGACUGUAUUCAAAGACCCAGUCAAAGUCAGCAAAGAUUUGAUUGAUCUUUUCAGCAACACAGUGCACAUCAAUACAACUGCUGAUCCUUUCAUCACCAACAACCACAGAGUACUUCAGGCUCUAAAUGGCAGGGUUGUGACAUCACAACCAACUUCAUCAGCAAACACAACGUCAUCAGCAAACACAACUUCAUCAGCAAACACAACUUCAUCAGCAAACACAACUUCAUCAGCAAACACAACUUCAUCAGCAAGCACACUUCAUCACACUCUGUCCAUCAGCACAGCGCUCCUCUGCUAUGUACUUUUUUGGUGUUUGUAGUCCCUGUCUACCAAGACAACAGUGUAAUAAUCAGAGUGUUUGUUUAGUCUAGACACUUGUUUCCACUGAAUGUUUCAUCAGACCUAAAUUAAUGUGCAUUCAUGUGCAAUAUUUAAAUCAUUAUUAAAUUACUGCAUUUAUUCUCUUAAAGAAAAUUUUCAACUACCAACAAUAACUACAAAAUGAAGAAAAUUUUAGCCCUAUUAUAGCGUGAGGGACUGUGAUUGUUGCGCAAUAUUUUGUGUAGUAUCUUUAU